AUUUUUGUUUAUUACGUAUUAUCUAUGGCUAAUGCAGUAGUAAUCGUUCAAGAAAUUUGUGGAUUUAUCAAUAUGAUAAUGCACGUCGUAAAAACAAAACAAAUGAUAAUAACACGACUAUCGAAUAACAGCUAUGAUGUGAAUUGGAGCUACUCUUUUUAAAAUUUGAAUACUAACGAAUGUGACGAAAUACCACUUUCACUAACGUACAAAGACGGUUGAAUUGAUUCUGACGUUAUGGAUGCAAAAAUGAUGACAGUAGAUUACGUUUCCAAGUAUACAAGUUUGUUGAGUAAACAAUUGUACAACAAUCAAACAGCUUUGGCCCCCUUAAGGGUUUCUAUUUUAUGUUCUCAGCACAAUCAAAACAGUCAACUAGAUGAAAUUAAAUCUAUGAACCCAGAAAACUGUUGUCAAUAUUGUUUAACUCCUUGGAAGUAUGGCAAUUUUAUUUUGAAAACUCUUCCAAAACGAAAAUAUAAAAAUGGUAAAAUUCAAAAAAAGCAUUCUACAGUUUUUAAUAUAAUAAUGAAAUGCUUGGUGUGUUUAAAUAAAACCAGUUCAGAAUAUAAGAAAAUCAAAAUAUUAAAUAAAAAAUUGUCAAAAAGUACAGCACUAAAUAAAAGCAUUGACAAAACAUUAAAAACUGAAGAAAAAGUUGAAACAAUAGUUAAUAAAAAUGCAACAGUGAAUAAAAGCAUUGACAAAACAUCAAAAAUUGAAGAAAAAGUUGGAACAUUAGUUGAAAAAAAACCAAAGAAAAAAAAGAGAACCUUGUACGCUGGCUUAAACCCAUUAGUUUUUAAAAAUUUAAAAAAGAACAUACAAAAAAAAAAUAAUAAUAAUGAUAAAAAAAAAAUCUAACAAUGAAACUGUACAUAAUUACAAAUAAAAUCUUCUAUAUAAUUAAAAUUAGUAGUUUAUUUUAAUAAUAUACGUUGUUCUUAUAUUAUUAGUUUCUUAGCUGCAAUUUCUAAAUUGAUUUCAAAUAAGGUAAACUAGUUUUUAGACUAGCAAUAGUAAAAAAUUUUAAAGACAAUAAAAUCCCACUUAGGAUCUUUAUUACAAAUUACAAUGACUCCAUAGUGCAGAAAUGUAUGUAGUUUUCUAUGGUAGCUAAUCAGCAAACUAUGUGCUAAUUAGAACUCUAUAGCUUGUAUUUGAUAAGAUUUAUAGGCACUCUAUUACUCAAAUGACAAAUAUCUAGAUAAUUUUUAAAUGACAAUUUUUUUAUUUUAUACUUUAAUUAUAUGAAUAAAUAUCCACUGAAAAGAUAAACACAACUAGUUAUUUAGCUACUAAAAAUUACCAAU